UAUACCGUUGCCUGCCGUUCGCACGGCAUUACAACAUCAUCCCCAAGCUUCUCCUCUUUGAGAGGCUUCGAGUAAGCUUGGCAUCUAUCAUUACAGCCCCAAGGGCUGACUUGCGCGUUCUCGGGAUUACCGAGUUUCGCGAGUGGCCUGCACAACUCUCCAGUAAUCUAUAAGACUCUCCACGAUAUUAAACUCUUCUUCCCCAGACCCCACACACCAUAAUCAUUGCAAAGCUCUUCUUGCUGUCUUCUCUUCCUCUAUCACCUCCUCUCAGUUGCAAGUACCAUUUGUCAAGAUGAAGAAACUCAACCGCCUCAUCCUUUAUGUUCUUACCAUCUCCCUUGGAGGCCUUGUUAUCGGCAUCGAUACUGGCAUCAUUGCCUCGGUCCUAUCUCAGAAAGGGUUUCAGGCCUACAUGUUCCCCCAAGGAACCAAGAACGUCACCUCUCUCGUAGGCGCAAUUGUUUCCAUGGGCGCGGCUGGUGGAGCUAUUGGCAGUUUGAUCAGUGGCUUCUUCCUUGAGAAGCUUGGAAGACGCAAGACGCUCUGGAUCUCCACAUUCUUCACAAUUGUUGGCGCCACACUCCAGACUGCUGCAAAUGGCGUUGCUCUAGUUAUUGUUGGUCGCACGAUUGCUGGUAUUGCUCUUGGAAUGUUGCGACCUACCAUUCCCGUCUACAUCUCGGAGAUUGCGCCGGCAAGUCAGCGAGCUAGGCUUAUGGGUAUCUUUGGCCUCCUCAUUGCCGGUGGCUAUGUGUGUGCUGGUUGGAUCGGAUAUGCCUGCAGCUUUGCCUCUGGGCAAGUGACUUGGCGACUUGCACUCGCAAUGCAGAUUCCUGCUGCAGCGGUACUGAUGGGACUCAUCUUGUUCGUCCCUGAAUCUCCUCGCUGGCUUGCACAGAGAGAGCGGUACGAAGAUAUGGACAGAUGCAUGCGUCGUAUCUAUUCUGACGAGGAUGAGGACUUCUUCAUCCGCUCUGUAGUCGAGAUUCGUGCACAGAUCCAACUCGAAGCCAUACAGAGGACUACCAAGACACUAGGUCAUGCCCUUAUUGAAUUGUUCAAUUCAAGAAACAUAAAGCGUACUGCGGUUGCAAUCACUGUCUUGCAGGUUGGAUGUGUUUCUGGCGCUCUCGCUAUACAGCAAUAUCAAUCCAUCCUUUAUGCGUCGCUAGGCUACACUGGCCGAAAGGCGCUACUGAUAACCGCUUGUUACAGCUUCAUGGGCGUACUUGGUCAAUUCAUCAACAUCCUGGCUAUCUCAGAUAAGUGGCCUCGUGUCCGCACCAUGUGGGUUGGCUGUCUGUCCCUCGGCGUCGCCCUUUCCCUCCUUAUGGCCAUCUCCCGCUUUUAUGGCAACGGUCUGAACCCCUCGGGCGCCCAGGCCGGCGUCGCAUUCAUCUUCAUCUACUCCGCGCUUUAUGCGAUGUUCUUCAACUCAACACUUCACACCAUUCCUCCCGAGUACUUCCCCGCCCAUCUCCGCGGCUACGGGCUGUCAGUCGGAGACUUCUUCCAGGGCGUUUCCAACAUCUGGCUGUCACAAGUCACACCAUAUGCGUUUGAUGCCAUUAGGUGGAAGUACUACUCUGUGUUCAUUGCAAGCGUUAUCUUAUUAGCGGUGUUUUUCAAACUGUUCCUUAAGGAGACGAACCAAAUGACUCUUGAGAGGACGGCCGGAUUGUUUGGUGAUGAGACAGUGUAUAAUAGCUCGAUUGAUAAAGUGGCUCACAUACAACAUGGAGUGGCGGACCAGAUUGAGAUUGGAAAUCGCGCAACAAACAAGCGGAACAUUACACCUACCUAGACGGUUAAACGAUACAAUCUAGAAUAUGACAACAUGUAGGUAGAAAUAUGUAACAAUAAACGUCAGCU